CACUUCCAACCAUGGAGCCUUGCACAACGCUGGUGUUGCUGUUGGUCUGCUUCAUCGUGCCACAAGAUGGAGCUGCCUUCAAAGGACUUUUCAAGUGGCUGUUCAGAAGUUCUGGGAAAGCAAUACGAAAUUCACCAUCUUUACCUGUGAUUGUACCUGUACGAACACAAUAUUUGAAAAUUCCAAGAAGUGACUUUGGAGAUUUCCCUUCACCGAGAUUGACAACCCAAGGAGACAACAUAGAUGAUCUACUAAUUAAAGACCCGAUAAAGGAUUCUGCUUCAUUUUUCCUGGAAAGGUUGGCAGACGCUGGUCAAUCAGAGGAGCGGAAUUAUGAAUGGAAUCAUCCUCCACCCACCACUUUCCUGGAUUUUGUACUUCGAAACCUCCGUGAAAGGAAUAGCUUGGAGGAUGACAGAGCGGACUCUAAUGGGAGUGUUAUAUAUGGAGACACAGAGAAAGGAAAAUGGAAUGAGAGCAGGAACGACGGGAAAAUGUCAGAUGCUAAUACGAAUAAUAACAAAACAUGUGAUUUUCCUGUAAGCAAUGUGAGAUGUUUUAUACCAACAUUUCAUACGUACUAUGAUCCUAUUUUAAAAAUUUGCAAAGUUGAGUUUGGAACCUCGAGAGGAUGUCAAGAAGGAAAUAGGUAA